AUGAACAAGCCAGACCCCCAAAAGAACUUCACAGUAACCAUCAUCGGCGGCGGAAUCGGCGGGCUAGCACUGGCAGUCGGCCUGCUCCGCCGCAACAUCUGCGUCCAAAUCUACGAAGCCGCACCCGCCUUCAAAGAAGUCGGACUGGGCCUCUCCAUCGGCCCAGCCGCCCACCGCGCCAUGCCCCUUCUCGACCCACACAUUCGCGACAUCUACGACGCGCUCAUCACCACGCACGCUGACAGCCCCGGGUACGAGUCCUUCCGCCAGACAUGGUUCGAGAUCGUCUGGGCGACGGGCGCACAGGAGGGCGAGUUGCUGUUGAAUCUGAAAGCGCUUCCGUCGGGCCAGACGACGUUGCGGAGGGCAAGUUUUCUUGAGGCGUUGGUUAGCCUUGUUCCGUCAGAGAUUGUGCAUUUCGGGAAGCGGCUCGAGUCGCUAAUUGAAGAUGAUGGAAAUGAUGGUAAUGGUGGAAUUCUGUUACGGUUUGAUGAUGGCUCUUCUGCGCGUGCUGAUAUGGUUAUUGGGUGUGAUGGCAUCAAGUCCAGGGUUAAGGAGGCCAUGCUGCCUGUCGAGUCGCAACUCACCCAGCCGCGCUAUAGCGGUAUGUACUGCUAUCGUGCUGUGCUGGAUAUGGACGAGAUGGUCGAGGCCGUCGGUGAUCAGCGUGCGCGAGUCUCUACGCUGUAUGUUGGGCGCGGCGCGUAUGCUAUCUCGUAUCCGAUCAUGCGGGCUGAGAAGGUGAACACCGGGCUGUAUAUCCUCAGAGACGAAUGGGACUAUGAGGACUGGAUUCGGCCCGCUACCAAAGAAGACUUACGGAGAGAUGCGAGUGGGAUGGGCCGAUAUGCAAAGGCUCUUGCUGAGCGCAUGCCUGAUCCUUCGCAAUGGGCCCUCUUCGAGCACCCGCAUAUCUCGACCUACUGCAGGGGCAGGGUUACCAUCCUCGGAGAUGCGGCCCAUGCUUCAACGCCACACCAGGGUGCGGGCGCAGGCCAAGCAAUCGAAGAUGCACAUGUGCUGGCUGAGCUGCUCAGUGACUCCCGGGUCACCUCUAUACCCGAUGCCGUGGCGGCGUUCAAGGCAUACGAUCAAGUUCGACGGCCUCGCAGCCAGAGGGUUGUAACGAGUAGCAAAGAAGGUGCACGCCUUCUUUGUCUGUGCUUGGAUGGGGUCGGUGACGACGAGGACAAGCUGAGAAAGACUUUUCAAGAGCGUCUCCGCUGGCUCUGGGACUUGGAUGUGCAAGGGCAAGCGGAGCAAGCGCGAGAGAAAAUGACGGGAUAUUUGAAUGCGUCCUGCAAGUCGCGCCUGUAA